CCAACCCACCUUGCGUCUUCCUUCCUCCCUCCCCUCCCGUUCACUGAAUCACACGCCCUCUUUGCUCAACGCAUCCCAACCACAGGAGAUCACAGGGAGAAAUCCAGCAGUAGCAACAAAACCCCCACCUUCUUUCUCUCCAACUCGGAAGCAACAGUAUCGAUCAUUCACAGAGAACAACCAAGAAGAGAAAGAAGCAGUAGCUCAACCUCGCCCGGCAUGGAACCAGGUGCCACGCACACACCUGGAGGCGCCGACGAAGGCCCUUCCUCUUCUUCUGCCACUGCCGACCCCACUCCUCCCCCUCCUCCUCCCCCUCAAUCUCCACAACCACCACCUCCUCCUCUGGAACAGCAGCAACCAUUAAGUAGGUACGAGUCGCAGAAGAGGCGAGACUGGAACACCUUCCUCCAGUAUCUGAGGAACCACGAGCCCCCGCUGACGCUCCCCAUGUGCGGCGGAGCGCACGUGAUCGAGUUCCUCAAGUACCUGGACCAGUUCGGUAAGACGAAAGUGCACUCCGCCGGGUGCACCUUCUUCGGCCGGCCGAACCCUCCGGCCUCCUGCGCGUGCCCCCUCAAGCAAGCCUGGGGCUCCCUCGACGCGCUCAUCGGCCGCCUCCGGGCAGCCUACGAGGAGAGCGGCGGGCGCCAGGACUCCAACCCCUUCGCCGCCCGGCCGGUCAGAAUCUACCUCCGGGAGGUGAAGGAGAGCCAGGCGAAGGCUCGCGGCAUCCCUUACGAGAAGAAGAAGCGAAAGCGAGCCCGUUCCGCUGCCGCCGCCGCUGCGGUGGAGGGGAGUUCGGGCGGCGGAGGGGAAUCUUCGGCUUCAGCUCCGGCUGCGAGCGGAAGCAGUAGCGGUGGCGGUGGCGCUAUCAGUUCGGUGGUGAGGGAGAGAUCAAGCGACACGCCCGGUGGCUCAUCAUCCCUUUCAUGACUAUAGAUGCCUCUCUCAUAUCCAACCACUUCAUUCGAAUGAGAUCCAAUGCAUUAAAUGCUGGUAUGAUCACAUCUAACAAGAAGAAUUAGGGAAGACAAACAGCACAUAUUAACAACACCGGGAGUUGCUGCAAGAAUCGGAGAACUUGGAUCUGCCUUUUAGGUUUCUUUCUCUGAACAGAAUUGCCAACCAAGUUCUUCCUCGAUUGCUUAAUUCCUUGAUGAUCCUUAUGAUUCUUCCUCAUCUUCUUUUGCUUGCUUUCGAUUGAAAGCUGCUACAGUUCUUCUUUGUUGGACCUACUCGUGGAUAGAAGUGCAUAUAUUGAGAGUUCAAUGUGAACAACUAUUUCUUGA